AUGAUCCAGCUCGAGCUCUUACAGUUGCUUCUUCUCUUCAUCCUUCCAUUUUUCUUCGUCUUCCUAUUCAGUGGCUUUGUGGGUAAGAAGUCGUCUUCAUCUUCGGGCAUUAAACUGCCCAGGUCUUACCCAUUAAUCGGUUCUUAUAUUGCAGUAUACAAGAAUCGAAACCGACGGAAUGAGUGGAUGACAGAGCUACUCAAGAGCUCUCCAUCUGGAACCUUUGUUCUUCGUCGCGCUUUUGGUGCUCGUCAGGUCCUCACUGCCAAUCCAUCCAACGUCCAACACAUCCUUAAGACCCAAUUCUAUCUCUACCCCAAAGGACCCUUCUUCCGAUCCUUCCUCUCCGACUUACUCGGCGCUGGCAUCUUUACCGCCGACGGCGAUAGUUGGAAGACUCAGAGGCAGAUCUCUAGCCAUGCAUUCAACACCAGGUCUCUACGCAAUUUUGUGGAGACCGUCGUCGACAGUGAACUCACCAAGCGUCUUCUCCCCAUCCUCUCAACGGCCGCUGCAGAGAAGUCUGUGAUUGAUCUUCAAGAUAUCCUGCAGAGGUUUGCCUUCGACAACAUUUGCAAGAUUGCUUUUGG